UAUUUUGGAGCACUAACAUUUUCUCAUAAAGGUUUUAUUGCAUUUUCUUUUAGGCUCUUCUGCGAAUAAUGCGCUUGCGGAAAUAUAGUGGACGUAUUUCCUUUGUGCCAGCACCUGGGUUUGAAUCUUAUGGGAUGCCAUGCAACGAAAGUGGAUAUGGCAAACCUGAUUUGAGCAAUCAGAGCCUAGAGGAGGUGAAGGUUCAGCAGCAUGGUUAUCAGGGACCUAAUGUUUCUUUGGACGAUUUGGAGUGGAGGGCUAUCGACGGACCAUUUGUUGGAAUUUGGCUUCAUAAUGUACCUUGGGGGAGUGAAGAUGUAAAGGCAGCACCUAAUGCCGAGUUCUCCGAUGGUUGCUUGGACUUGGUUAUUAUCAGGGAUUGCACAAACCUUUCCUUGCUUGCACUGAUGACAAAACUGAAUGAUGGAAGCCAUGUCAAAUCGCCAAGUGUUUUGUAUUUGAAGGUGAAAGCAUUAUUACUAGAGCCAGGCCAGCGGUUAGAUGAACCAACCAAAGGGGGGAUCAUAGAUUCAGAUGGGGAAGUCCUGGCAAGAGGCGAAGGAACAUACAAAUAUGAGCUGGGUGGCUUGAUGACCUAUGCUCCAAUGCAAAUCACUGUUGAUCAAGGUUUAGCAACUUUGUUUUCUCCUAGAUGAUACUGGACGUUGGUUUUUUAUGUGUUUGUUUUUUCAUUUACUUUAAAUCACGGUUUUAUGGAGUUUAGAGCAUUUUUGUUUUGUAUAGAUAUGUUAAACUAAUAAAUAAUACGAGAGAAUAUAGAUUUAUGUUU